GCUGGUGUUCCUGCUGAGCUUGGGGGCACUGGUGGUGUAUCUACUCAACUCAUCGGAGCAAAUAGAAAAGUGCAUAGUGUUCAGCCAGGAGACAUUGCUACAAGUUGACUUUGGUUUCAACAUCAUCUUCCUGCUUUAUUUUGGACUACGAUUCAUAGCAGCCAACGACAAGCUAUGGUUCUGGCUGGAGCUGAACUCCCUGGUAGACUUCUUCACCGUCCCACCAGUUUUUGUAUCAGUCUACUUGAACAGAAGCUAUUUAGGUCUGCGAUUCCUGAGAGCUCUCCGUCUUAUCCAGUUUUCAGAGAUUCUACAGUUUUUGAAUGUUUUGAAGACAAGCAAUUCAAUCAAGCUGGUAAACCUGAUAUCCAUAUUCUUCAGUGUAUGGAUGACUGGCGCAGGGUUCAUCCACCUGGUGGAGAACUCAGGGGAUCCAUGGCUGGACUUCCAAAACAAGCAUCCUUUAACAUUCAUGGAGUGUAUGUACCUUCUGAUGGUCACCAUGUCUACAGUAGGGUACGGAGACAUCACCGCUACAACCUCAGUGGGGAGGGCAUUUAUGGUUCUGUUUAUUCUAGGAGGGUUGGCUAUGUUUGCUAGCUGUGUGCCUGAAAUCAUAGAGCUUAUAGGCAGCCGCAAGAAAUAUGGAGGCUCGUACAGUGCUAUUAGUGGCAGAAAACAUGUUGUGGUGUGUGGGCACAUCACAUACGAGAGUGUGUCGAACUUCCUCAAGGACUUCUUGCACAAAGACAGGGAUGACGUAAAUGUGGAAAUUAUCUUUCUUCACCCUUUACCUCCAAACCUUCAGUUGGAGGCACUUCUCAAGAGACAUUUCACACAGGUGGAGUUCUUUGAAGGCUCCGUCUUGAAUGCUGGGGACUUAGCUAGAGUUAAGAUAGAAGAUGCAGAUGCUUGUUUAAUCAUUGCUAACAAGUACUGCAACAACCCUGAUGCUGAGGAUGCUGCCAACAUCAUGAGGGUUAUUUCUAUCAAGAACUACUGCUCACAUGUUAGGCUGAUCAUCCAAAUGAUGCAGUAUCACAACAAGGCGUACCUACUCAACAUACCCAGUUGGAACUGGAAGGAAGGGGAUGACGUCAUCUGUCUGGCAGAGCUGAAACUGGGCUUCAUCGCCCAGAGCUGCCUGGCACCUGGCUUCUCCACCGUGAUGGCCAAUCUCUUUGCCAUGAGGUCCACAGUGCUGAUGGAGGAAGAUUCCUGGCAGAAGCACUACUUAGGAGGGGUGGCGGCUGAGAUGUACACCGAGUACCUUUCCAGUGCUUUUACCGGGAUGAGCUUCCCGCAAGUGUCCGAAGUGUGUUUUGUAAAGUUGCAGUUGCUGUUGAUUGCGGUUGAGUUCCAAGGCUCAGAAACCCAGGAGAAAGAAUCAGGGGCUGGCCGGCUGCACAGGAUUCUGAUCAACCCGAACAACUCCUACCACAUUAAGGAAGGCACUCUGGGGUUCUUCAUAGCGCAGUCGGCUAAGGAAGUGAGAAGGGCAUAUUUCUACUGCAAGCAGUGUCAUGGGGACAUCAAGCAACCAGACAAAAUCAAGAAGUGCAAGUGUAUGCAAGCAUUGGAAGCACAGGCCAACAACAAAGUCAAUGUAGCAGCCUUAGGAAAUCUCAAGCUAAAGGAAGGAGCACAACACGUUGUAGCACCCAGCAAGAAAAAGCGGAAUGGCAACUCCAAUGAGUUGGACUCUCCAAAGCGGAACAUCCGUAACUUCCACGGCAUGACGUCCAGAGGGAAGAAGGGGCGAUACUUUCCGAUGUCCUUACAAAUUUCCCCAAGCAGACUCCCUGACAGUAGUCUUCCACCCGUCAACAGCCCCAGCCUGCCGAACAAUGACGAGGCACGAGACCUGGACUGUGACACCAAGAAGUACGACUCCACAGGGAUGUUCCACUGGUGCCCCUCCCGCGAUCUGGAGAAAGCCAUUCUGAGCCGUAAUGAGGCAGCCAUGAGUGUGCUGAGUGGCCACGUGGUCGUGUGCAUAUUCAGCACGGCAGACUCCCCUCUGAUUGGCCUGCGUAACCUGGUCAUGCCGCUGCGCGCGAGUAACUUCUCGUACCACGAGCUGAAGACGAUCGUUCUACUGGGCGACCUGGACUACAUCAAGAGGGAGUGGGACAUGCUGUGCAAUUUCCCUAAAGUUGCUGUGUUGCCAGGAUCACCAAUGUGUCGGGCAGACCUGCGAGCUGUGAACGUGAACUUGUGUGACAUGUGUGUGAUCCUGUCCCCCAACAACCAAAGCCAGGAGCAGGACCCCUGUCUGCAGGACAAGGAGGCCAUCCUCUGCUCCCUCAACAUCAAGUCCAUGCAGUUUGACGACAGUAUCGGCCUCUUACAGGCCAAUUCCCAAGGUUUCCUUCCACCAGGGUUCAACAACGCAUUUUCCCCAGCCUCCAGCCCAGACAACAACGUGUCCAGGAGAGGCUCCACCAUGGGCAGCAAUGUGCCCAUGAUCACUGAGCUGGUGAAUGAUGGGAAUGUGCAGUUCUUAGAUCAGGAUGAUGAUGACGAUCCCGACACCGAACUCUACCUCACACAACCGUUCGCCUGCGGGACCGCCUUCACCAUUAGUGUCCUGGAUUCACUCAUGAGUGCGACGUAUUUCAAUGAUAACGCCCUGACGCUGAUCCGAACACUGAUCACCGGAGGGGCGACCCAUGAGCUGGAGCAGAUCCUAGCGGAGGGUUCUGGGAUGCGGGGAGGGUACAGCACGCCGGAGACCCUGCGCAACAGGGACAGGUGUAAAGUAGCACAGAUCCCCAUGAUGGACGGACCCUUCCAGGCAUUCGGGAAUGGCGGUUGCUAUGGCGAUUUGUUUGUCAGCGCCCUGAAAAGCUACAACCUUCUCGCCUUCGGGAUAUACCGCUUCCGUGACGCAGAGUGCAACACCAAAAACCCGUCCUCAAAGAGAUACGUAAUCUGUAAUCCGCCCUACGAGUUCAAACUCUGCACAACGGACAUGAUCUUCUGCUUGCAACAGUUCGACCGCAAUCCCAUGGACAUGCGCUCCAACAGUUUCAGCCAAUCACAGAGCCACCUGAUGCGGGGGAAGCAGAAAAACCGUCCGACCAAGAAAAAUGCUUACAGGAGUUCAAAGCAUAUUCGACUAGAAGAAAAGUCCACCCUUCAAGUCACCUUACGUAGGUCGCCACAGGAAGACAAAGACUUCACAACCGAGAAACACGCCAGAGAAUUUGACGUCUGAUCACAACGGUGCAGCUAAUCUGUUGUUCUCUGCAAAUUUUUGGUCCACAUGAACCUUAAGAUUUAUCAAUAAGUACUUAUUAUCCAAUCAAUUAUCAACUGAUUGGAUCUAAUCAUUAAGGUGUAUCUAUUGAUACUGAAGUCAACUUAUAACUGUUACAGUACUACAACUUCCUGUGAUUCUGUUGAAGAAAAGAGCAGUCCUAUUUUGUGCAAUUUUGUCAAGCUGUAGGAUUUUCAUGGAAAGUCAUAUGUUUAUACAUAAAUAUGAAUUUAUAUAUAUACAUAUAUAUAUAUAUAUACAUACAGCUGUAAGAUAUUUUUGAGCCAAUUGUAUGUUAUGUGUAUGGGCGUAAUUGUCUGUUUUGUAUGUAUGAACAGUUUUUUGUGGUGUAUUCCUUCGGCUCAAGACAGUAGGGACAGGUAGCAGAGUGAGUUUGGACAGGGUGAUUUAAAAGAAUACAGAAAGUAUGCAGGACAGAUCUAAUCAAGUUGUGCAAUGUGAAAACUAAAGCUAUAGUAACUGCAGAGUGCUUAUAACACACAGUAUCGCAUGAUAUAGUAUAACAAAGAGGAAAGGAUUUACCUGUGUGUGAAAAAAAAAGAUACUGAAUGGAGGACAGUAAAGCAUAGAGCCAUAACAUGGUUCCUGUAAAUAAGUUUAUCUAAAAGUGUCUACGUGUGUUUGUACGUUGCGAUCCAAGAGCUUGUUGAUGUAUGUGUGUUCAGAUGCUGUACUGCUACUCUGUCACACCUCCAGCCCGCGUGCGCAGCCACAGAAAGUCAUUGUCUGCGUGCCGAACAAGUGUUUUUCUCGUACCACGUGUGCGGAUGCAGAAAAGGAAUUUCUCGUGUCGCUAUGGCCCAGUCAGGAGCUCCUGACUCUGUUCCAUGUUACCACCUUCAGGUAGACCCACCUUCCACCACCCAUCUAUCCAUCCAUCCAUCCACCAUUGCUGUACGCACAGCAACAUCAUGUUCACAUCAUAUAGCACUUAAGAACACCAUAUUAUAUAUAUUGGGGAGCUUACAAGAAGUGGGAAAACUUGAUGUGUCUUGUUCGUACGUUGUCGUGGAUGUCUCGUCCCAUCCUUAUCCCUGUGCAAGAGGUCUUUGAGUGCAGUUCGAUCAACUCGGGAGGAAAGAGUUGUGUCCCAAUUUCUAAGUCAGAACAGACAGCUGCGAUCAAUAUAUUACCUAAAAGGUCAGAUCUGCAGCUUUUCUAAUGCAGUGACAGUGACUGUAACAGUUACACAACAUGUAUGUGAGGUCCACAUGAAUGUUACUAGGUAGGUUUUGUACGUGCACAUUUUGUACAUCAUGCACCAUGGCACCUAGAUUGUGUUGGUGGUGAGUGGAACAGAGGAAGUCCUCCAAAGCUGGGCAAAGCCAACCUAACCACAGUACCCUACUUCAACAAUACUGCACUGCACCUUAUAUACGUGUAACCUUUAUCACCUUUUAAACCUUUGUAAACGUUUCAACGUCAACGUGUCCAGUAUGAAAAGAAAUUGGUACCAAAAAAAAUAUAUAACUUGGAAAUUCAACGGGUAGCCAGUGCUACAAAAAGAUCUACGAAUGUCUUAUUUAAAAGAAAAAACAAAAUCGUAAACAUGUAACAGCUUGUGUGGCCUACCAUCCCCAGAUGUGACGUGGUGUGUGUGCCCUUUGUCUGCCUUGACAACUUUUUGUAUUAAUAGGGAUUAUUUUUUCAUUGCAUAAACAUGGCUUAAUGUGAUCUUUGCUGCAGCUUAUAAUGGCAUAUGUAGGUCUCAAGGACAUAUUGUUUACUGACUAUAUAUAUAUUGUAACACAAAUUUAAAAAAUGUUUCUUUUCUCGAGUAAAAAAUGUUAUUGCUAUCUAUGCAGUAUUAUGGCUUGUACUGUCCGUUGGCAAUUGUGAAUACUUCUGAACAGAUGACUUUUUAGUUCAUAUCACUUUAUACGUCAGAAAUGGACGUAACAUUCUUUGCAUCACAGGUCAGACUCAGCCAUUUUGAGACCUAACUGUUUCAGUCUCCUAACUGUACAUGUUGCCAUAGAGUAGUUUUGGAUUAUCUGUGAACAAAAGUGAUCUAGGCAUUGAAUGUUGCAGUGGUCUUGCGUUUUGGAGCCCCGUCCUUUCUACGCAAGCUGAAUUUCCAUUCUUGUGAAAAUGUUUUUAUUACAUGAAUUGCAAGUGCAGGGUGCCUCUUUAGGCCGUAAAGGUACCAUCGUUUACCGGUUUUCAAGUUAUGUGAUUUGACUUUUGCAUGCAGUGCAAGAAUGUUAGAUACACUGAUGUUUUUUAUGUCUGUUAACAUUCAACAUAUGUCAGUAGUUUAGGAGUUGUUAAAUAUAGACAAAAUUGUCAUGAGUGACCCAGACUUCACGGAAGUGUUUUAUAAACACCACCUUUAUUCUGUCUGUUGACAAUACAGGCUGUUAGUAUAUGGAAGUGACUUACGUUAUUACAGUGGUGUGUUGUACUUAAAUGCAGCAUUUAAUCUGUAUAUACUGCUUUGUUGUCACUGAGUACACCUCCAUUCCGUAUGACUGGGCACCUGAUACUAGCCAAUGGCAACGCAGUGUUGUGGUGAAUUCACUAUGGAUUAAAAUCAGAUAUAUCACAAUAA